AUGGGCCUUCUGCUCCAGCUUCUCCUCCUGGCCUUGCUCUUCCUGCCAGGCCAGGCCUCCUGGGGCGUCUCCAGCCCUCAGGAGGUACUCGGAGUGAAGGGCUCCUGCCUGGUCAUCCCCUGUGUCUUCAAUUUCCCCUCUGACGUGACAGUGCCUGGUGGCAUCACGGCCAUCUGGUACUACGAUUACACGGGAUCACGGCAGGUGGUGAGCCACUCAGAGAAUCCCUCGCUGGUGGAGGGGCGCUUCCGCGGCCGCGCCCAGCUAGUAGGGAGACCCGAGAACAAGGUGUGCAACCUGCUGCUGCAGGACCUGCGGCCCUCAGACUCGGGCACCUUCAACUUCCGCUUCGAGAUCAGCGAGGGCAACCGCUGGUCAGAUAUGCGCGGCACCAAGGUCACAGUGACAGAGGAGCCCCUCAUGCCCACCAUCACUGCCCCAGCCAUGCUGCGUGAGGGCAUGGACGUGAACUUCAACUGCUCCACUCCCUACGUGUGCCUGAAAGAGCCUGUCCUCUUGGAGUGGCACGGCCAGGACCCGGCUCACUCCGUCACCACCCCUCUCCAGAGGGUGGAACCCACUGGCAUCAGCCACCUGGCGACCCUUCACACGGCACUGUCCUGGCAGGACCACGGCCGGACCUUGCGUUGCCAGGUGUCCAUGGCUGGUCGCAAAGCGCAGCAGGAGCUGCACCUCCAAGUGCAGUAUGUCCCCCGAGGUGUGGAGAUCCUCCUCAGCCCCUCAGACCAGAACAUCCUCCAAGGUGACAUGGUCACUCUCACGUGCCGGGUGAAUAGCAGCUACCCGGAGGUCAGGUCCGUGCUGUGGGUCAAGGAUGGGGAGCCACUCACAACCAAAAGUCCUGUGCUGCGGUUGCCCCAAGCAACCUGGGCCGAUGCCGGCAUCUACACCUGCCAAGUGGAGAAUGCAGUGGGCUCCGUCACCUCACCGCCCGUCAGCCUUCAUGUUUUCAUGGCUGAGAUCCAGGUGAGCCCAGCAGGUCCCAUCCUGGAGAAUCAGACGGUGACACUGACCUGCAGCACACCCACCGGGGCGAGAAGCGAGGUCCAAUACAGCUGGUACAAGAAUCAGCUGCUGCUGGAGGGUGCCCACGCCAGCACUCUCCAGCUGGGCCCGACCACCGGCACCGACACGGGCUUCUACUUCUGUGAGGUGCAGAACACGCUUGGCACCGAGCGCUCGAGACCUGUCAGCGUGGUGGUCAACUACCCACCCCACACCCCGGACCUGAAAACAUUCCUCGAGACGCAGAAGGGGCUGGUGGGCAUCCUCCACUGCUCCGUGCUCAGUGAGCCCCUGGCCACCCUGGUGUUGUCCCAUGGGAACCUCACCCUGGCCUCCUCCUCCAGCAUGGGCGACUACAGCCCACGCUUCCGGGUCUCCUUGGCUCCCAACUCCCUGCGCCUGGAGAUUCGAGACCUGGAACCAGCUGACAGUGGGAAGUACACGUGCUCGGCCACCAACUCCCUCGGAAGCUCUUCCUCCAGCCUGGACUUCCACGCCAAUGCUGCUCGUCUCUUCAUCAGCCCGGCAGCAGAGGUGGUGGAAGGGCAGGCGGUGACGCUGACCUGUCGGACUGGCCUGAGCGCUGACGCCCGCGUCUCCUGGUACCGUAACGGAGCUCUGCUUCUUCAGGGCCCCAGCAGCCUCCUGCUCCCCGCGGCCUCCAGUUCCGACUCUGGCUCCUACUACUGCCGGGCCCAGGACGGCCACCAAGCCAGCGGGCCCUCGUCACCUGCUGCCCUCACUGUUCUCUAUGCCCCACGCAAGCCCAUUCUCACCACCCGGCUAGACCCCGGUACCUCCGGAACCGGGACUGGACGCCACGGUGUGCUUGUGUGCCGAGUGGACAGCGACCCUCCGGCCCAGCUGCGGCUGCUCCAUCGGGACCACUUAGUGGCCUCUUCUCUGCCCUUGGAUGGGACCCUCUCCCAGCGCAUAAAGGUCACGAGAGCCCCCAACUUGCUGAGUGUAGAGAUUGCAGAGCCAGUGCUGGAGGACGAGGGCAAGUACCUGUGUGUGGCCAGCAACACACUGGGCAACGUCUCCACCUCGGGGACCUUCAACGGCCAAGCUACUGUCCUGGUCAUCUCGCCCUCGGACACGCUGCGGGAGGGCUCAGCAGCCAACCUGACUUGUAGCGUGAGCAGAGAGGCCGCUGGAAGCCCUGCCAACUUCUCCUGGUUCCGGGAUGGAGUGCUAUGGACCCAGGGUCCACUGGAGACUGUGAGCCUGAUGCCCGUGGCCCGGACCGAUGCUGCCCGCUACACCUGCUGCAUCCUCACCGGGGCCGAGGCCCACCUCUCUGCUCCUGUGGUCCUGAGCGUAGUCUAUCCCCCGGACCCUCCAAAGCUCUCAGCCCUCCUGGACGUGGGCCAGGGCCAUGUGGCUGUGUUCAUGUGCACAGUGGACAGCCGCCCCCCAGCCCAGCUGGCCCUAUUCCAUGGAGAACACCUCCUGGCUACUAGCCCAGGGUCCCAGCUCCCACUCCAUGGCCGGCUCCAGGCCAAGUCCACGGCCAACUCCCUGCAGCUGGAGAUCAGAGAACUGGGCCUGGAAGACUCUGGCAGCUACCACUGUGAGGCCACAAACAAUUAUGGAUCAGUCAACACCUCACUCUUCUUCCAGGUCCGAGGAGCCUGGGUCCAGGUGUCACCAUCACCUGAGGUCCGGGAGGGUGAGGAGGUGGUUCUGAGCUGCCAGGUACCCACGGGGGUCCCAGAAGGGACCUCAUACCACUGGUAUCGGAAUGGCCAGCUGCUCCAGGAGCCGACGUCAGCCAGGCUGCACUUUGCAGCAAUUGCUGUAAAGCAGGCUGGAGCCUAUCACUGCCAGGCCCAGGCCCCGGGCUCAGCCACCACCAGCCUGGCCGCCCCCGUCAACCUCCACGUGUCCUACGCACCUCGCCAGGCCACACUCACAACACUGAUGGACACGGGGCCCAGGCGGCUGGGCCUCCUCCUGUGCCAUGUGGACAGUGACCCUGUGGCCCGGCUGCAGCUGCGCCAUGGGGACCAGCUUGUGGCUUCCACCUCACAGGGUUUGGGGGAACUUGCGGGCAGUUCUCCCCGGCUACAGGUGACUGUGGCACCCAAUGCCUUGCGCCUGGAGAUCCAGGGUGCAGAACUGGAGGAUGAGGGGGUCUACACCUGUGACGCCGUCAACACGCUGGGUCGGACUUCAACCUCGACCACCUUUGAUGCCCAGGCUGUGAGUGUGCAGGUGUGGCCUGAGGCCACGGUGCACGAGGGGCAGCCUGUGAACCUCACCUGCCUGGUAUGGACACACCUGACCCAGCUCACCUACACCUGGUACCAGAAUGGGCAGCAGCGCCCUGGUGCCCGUUCCAUCCUCCUGCCCAAUGUCACGGUCACAGAUGCUGCCUCCUACCGCUGUGGCGUGGAGACCCCUGGCCAGGCACUCCGCCUCUCCCGGCCCAUCUCCUUGGACGUUCUCUAUGCACCCCGUGGACUGCGCCUCACCUACCUCCUGGAGAGCCACAGAGGGCAGCUGGCCCUGCUCCUGUGCACGGUGGACAGUCAGCCGCCUGCCCAGCUGGCCCUCAGCCAUGCCGGUCGUAUCCUGGCCUCUUCGACCACAGCCUCCACCCCCAACACCCUGCGCCUGGAGCUGCUAGACCCUCGGCCCAGUGAUGAGGGUCUCUACAGCUGUUCUGCCCGCAGCCCUCUGGGCCAGGCAAACACCUCCCUGGAGCUGCGGUUGGAGGGGGUGCGGGUGACCCUGGCUCCAACGGCCUCUGUACCUGAGGGCACCUCCGUGACAGUGACCUGUGAUGAUCCCGCUGCUCGCCCACCAACCCUCUAUGUCUGGUUCCACAAUGGACGCUGGCUGCAGGAGGGACCAGCCACUUCCCUGGCGUUCCCGGUGGCUACUCGGGCCCAUGCGGGCUCCUACUCCUGCCAGGCCCAGGAUGUCCAGGGCACACGCAGUUCCCGGCCCACUGCUCUGCGAGUCCUCUAUGCCCCCCGCAAUGCCAUCUUGUCUUUUACCCGGGACUCUCGGACCAGCCCUUCGACCCUGGUGCAAUGCACUGUGGACAGCGAGCCGCCUGCCGAGCUGGCCCUGUCGCACGGUGACCACGUGAUUGCUACCAGCCAGGGAGCCCAUGGCUCUGCAUCAGGGACAGGAUCUGUCCAGGUGGCCCGCAAUGCCCUGCGAGUACCAGUACAAGACGUGGCAGCAGGGGAUGGGAACACCUAUGUUUGUGCAGCCAGGAACCCCCUGGGCUCGGUCAGCACCUCUGGGCAGCUGCGGGCCGAAGGUGUUCACGUGGUCGCGGAGCCAGGCCUGGACCUGCAGGAGGGCAAAAUGCUGAACUUGACCUGCCGCCUGCCUGACGGCCACGGGCCACUGGACAACACCACCUUCGCCUGGUUCUGGAAUGGCCGGCAGCUCCCUGUGGAUCCUGAGCCCACACUCCCCUUCACUGCGGUGGGCCGCGCCCAGGCUGGGAUGUACCAGUGCCAGGCCACGCUCCCCUCGGGGACAGCCACCUCUGCCCCUGUCGUGCUCCGUGUCCUCUACCCCCCUGAGACGCCCACCAUGACAGUCUUUGUUGAGCCAGAGAGCGGCCUCCAGGGCAUCCUGGACUGCCGAGUGGACAGCGAGCCUCGCGCCAGCCUGACCCUCUACCUUGGCAGCCGGUUGGUGGCAUCUACCCAGGCCCGGGGCAUCCCAGCAGAGCCACACAUCCAUGUCUCCAUCUCCCCCAAUGCCCUGCGGGUGAACAUGGUGGAACUGAGGCCCAGUGACCAGGGGGAGUAUGUGUGUUCUGCCUCCAACACCCUGGGCUCAGCGUCAGCCUCCACUUACUUUGGAACUAGAGCCCUGGACCGUCUCCAUCUGUUCCAGCAGCUGCUCUGGGUCCUGGGUGGUCUGGCAGGCCUCCUGUUCCUACUCUUGAGUUUGGGGGCCUGCUAUGCCUGGAGAAACAGGAGCUUUUACAAGAAGAGCCCGGGCCAGAACUCGGUGGAGAUGGCUUUUCAGAAGGAGACCACACAGUGGUCCAGAGGAUCAAGCUGGCUUCCAGGGGUACUCACGGGGUCGCGUGGGGGUGCCCCACAGCUUGGGGUGGUGAUCGGCCACAGUGCAGGGCGUGGUGUGGACUCCGGAGGGGCGCGGGUCCGGCAGGCGGGCUCCCCGAGGCGUGGGGUGGCCGCUGUCCAGCCCGGGGCGGGGCUGUGA